AUGGCAGAGAAGAGAGACCGCCUCCUGGAGCUGCUGCAGCCCGAGCCCUCGUGGCGAAGAUGGCAUCUGUUCGUGCUGUAUCUGCGCUGGAUGGCCUUUAAGGUCCCAACACAACCUGUUUUCUCUUCCCCCAGGAAGCAGCGAGAGAUGGCAGCUAAGAGAGAUCGCCUCCUGGAGCUGCUGCAGCCCGAGCCUUCGUGGCGAAGAGGGCAUCUGUUCGCGCUGUAUCUGCGCUGGAUGGCCUUCAUGGGCGCACACUCGGGGCCCAUGCCGAGCCGUCUCUCCCCUAUGCAGUGGGCGAUGCGAGCUCUCAUAGGCUUUCUUCACGCGUUAACUAUCUAUUUUUUGCUGGGCGAAUGGUUGGAGUUCUUUCUGAACAGCAAUGGGAUCAAUGAUUUCAUCUCUAAGGCUGGUAUAUGCCUCACGUCUACAUGCGCUGCGUUCAACAAUUUUCAUGCCGUCUUCAACUCCAAUCAACUGAGAAAUAUCAUAGAAGAUCUUGACUGUUACAUAAUGGCAGUAGAAAAUGUUGUAAAUGAUUCUUUUGAACCGCUGUCGCCAGUGUUUGCUGAUAUGGUGAAGACAGAUUGCAUUAUAAGCUGACUUUAG